UUCUGUGAGGUACGAGGUUGCUUUACGGGAAAAGGCUGCAAUAAUUUAAUCUGGAACUGCCCUGCUUUAGACUUUUUCAUGGUUAUUAAUUUGUACAAAGAAUCACAAACUGAUACAGCGGGAACCAAGCUGGCAAAUCAGGCUGCUGAGACAACUGUGUAAUUCGCUGGGAAAAGAAACGGAGACCCUCUCCUGCGUACGGGAGGACAAUGUAUAUAAAAAUAUGCAAGAAUCCAAGGAAACCCCCAUAUCCAAUCACCUAGAUGAAAUUGUUGCUGCUGUCAGCAUAACGCCUAGAAAGAAGAUCCAAAACCAGCUGCCUCAGACAGUGCUAUUCCAGCCUCCUCAAGAGAAACUCCACCUCUGUGAAGAAAAAGCGAAGUCCUAUUCUAGCAGUCACGAAUACAAACAGGCUGUCCGCGAGCUGGUGCGCUGCGUAGCGCUGACGAGAAUCUGCUAUGGCGACUCCCAUUGGAAGCUGGCGGAGGCACACGUCCAUCUGGCUCAGGGUUACCUCCAGCUGAAAGGACUGUCCUGGCAAGCAAAGCAACAUGCAGAAAAAGCCAAAGAAAUCCUCACCAACUCCAUCGUGCCUCCCAAUAAUGACAAUACAGAUGUUUUCAAGUGUUCAAUUGAGCUGUUCCAUACCCUGGGGAGAGCCUUACUCUCCCUUCAAAAAUUUAAGGAAGCUUCGGAGAAUUUGUCAAAGGCAGAGCAACUUGCAAAGGAGCUGUUGCAGUGCGGCAGGAUUACGAAGGAGGAAUGGAUAGAAAUUCAAGCACGGAUCAAAUUGUCAUCUGCACAGAUGUAUCAAAGUCAGAAGAAAUCUCAAGAAGCGCUGCCCCGCUACCAAGAGGCUUUAGAAUAUAUUGAGAUCAGUAGAGGUGAAAACAGUCUUGAGUGUGUACCAGUAUUGAAGGAAUUAGCAGGUGUCGAGCAAGCUCUGGGACUUCAUGACGCAUCCAUCAAGCAUUUUCUGCAGGCGCAUCUCAUCGUUCUCAGCAGAAACCCCUCUCAAGAGGAGGCAGCGGUCUCCGCAUAUUCUGUCGCCCACGCCGCCAUCGCUUCUGGGAGGACCGAGCACCACGAUGUGGCUGAGCAGUAUUUUGAAGAGAGCAUGGCUAAUCUUAAAGAUGCUGAAGGGACGGGAAAAGCCAAGUUUCUUUCCAUUCAAGAUGACUAUUGCCGUUUCCUACAAGUCACUGGACAGAAAGAGAGAGCAACCUCAAUCCUGAGAGAGUCCCUGGAAACCAAAGUGACAGUGUUUGGUGAUCUCAGUCCCGAGGUGGCGGAGACCUACCGGCUGUUGGGUGGGGCCGACCUGGCGCAGGGGAACCACGCUGGGGCCCACAAGAAACUGAGGAAGUUGUCCUGGAGAAAGAUGAUUGUAGCUUGCUCCCAGACAGUGGCCAGGGGAUGGAACAAAGUCGUGGGGGAGUCAAGGGAUGUCGAUAAGGAUACAGAAGCCACGGCACAUGGCAGCUCGGAGUGUCUUCAGAUCCAGACCCUCCUGUACGGACCACAGGACAAGAGGACCCUGGCCACCCAGCAGACGGUGGACGUUCUGUCCAAGGCCCCAGAGGUGGCCGUGAAGUCUAGGCAGGCCCCGAGAGCCAAACCAGCCUUCUACACCGGCGUGUCCCAGCACACUGCGCUGGGCAAGGCCCGGCCCAACGCGGCGGACUGAGCCCCCUCCCACCCCCAGAGAGAGCUUUGGUCAUGCCUGGGCGCUCACACCAAGGGGGCUGUCUCAACGCCUCCAACAAGAAGAUGGAAUUCGACAGACUGUCAAGGCUGUUUGUUCCCGCAGGCAACAGAGAUACUGCCAACUUCCUGUGGGCCACAUUUGACAGUGGAUCCUCUCCAGGGUGAUCUGGUGCUUCUAUAAAGAAUUUUUCUUUUUUACCGCCCAAGUGGUUUUUCUUGCCAACAAAAAUUUUUACCCGUCAGCACUCCUGGGACUGCAAGGCUUCUCUUCAAAAGUUUACAAGUUCCUGUGCGUGAUAUAGUGUACGAUAUCUGUACAGAGAGAGCCCUGGCAUAGAUCUGGAGUCAGAUUUGGAGCAAUAAAAUUCUGGAAAAAGCCCUUUCUCAUAGGAAGAUAAUAGGGAUUGAGAAUAAAAUGCUAACGAGAGGAA